CCAGACCCAGCGGUGAUCCCACACCUGGGCAGGGCCACGAGAUACCUUGGUAGAAAUUGGAUAGGCCCUUGAGCUGUUUUCAUUAUGCGAUGGAUAAACCCCAUGGAGACGAUUGCACCAAUUUGCCAAGAGACCUUGCGUGGCAGUCUGCUGGCAUAUAAAAGCAAAGUGUUUUCCUAGUAAUUCCUACUAAACCCUUCAGACACAUUCUCAUAUCACAUUCUCACUCACAAUGCGUUUCUCUUCUGUAAUUUUCCUCGCCGUUGUUAUUGCUUCAGCAUCAUCAAUAUCUGCCACGCCCAUUGACUCUGCCACACCCAUUGAAGCUGGCACCGAGGUAUGUAACACCUGGUGCUAUCGUAAUAGCCAAUGCACGACCUGCCCUAAACAAUUCUGCGCCUUUCCUUGGUGCGGAUUACUAGAUGGCGUAAAACCCGCUGCGUCCAUCGCCACGCGCCGUUCCACGGCUUGUCUGAGCACGGCCGCUUCAUCUGUCCAUCAUUUGUCAAAAAUAUAUAGAACAAAUACCCUCCAGCAGAAUAAGCCAAUAGAACUGAUUCACGACACAAGAAUCCCGGAAACGGAAGCAAUAAAAAUCCCUCAUAAGCGCGAAAGCCUAAAGGUGCCGGUUUCUGGAGGCACGGAAGGAACCUGGAACCGGCACCACACGUCCAGCAGACUCCAGCCAGCUGAGCGACAAGCCUAUUCUUCAAAUAUUGAAGUUCAUUCUCUCGACUUCCGCCAUUCCACCACGACAUACGACCCGCUCGCAUAAUUUCUCCGCAAUGGGCAUCUGCCCCCUCGUAUGCGUCUCUUUGAGUGUUUAAUAUUAUUGCGAACACAAUACUCUGUCUGGGCACUUGGUUAGGCUGCCCUGAGUGUCCUCGUUUCGAAGGGGUUUAUAUCGCCUUGCUUCAAUUGCACCAUAUCUUGUCGUGGCCGAGACGCAUCUGGUUUGUCCUUAGUCUUCUCGUUUCACUUACCAGGCCCAUAAGCAUCCCUUACUCCUACAUUCGCGAUUCUUGAUUCUAAGCUAGUUG